AUGUCUUCAAGAGACGAUUCGAACCUCACCUCAAGAGUGAUGAAUUUUUGGAAUUCCAUUCAAUAUCCAUAUACACCAAUAUCAUCAACCUCAAACCGUUCACCUCGUCCACCUCGAACCCCACAUAUUCCGCCACCGGGUACACCACACUUCCAAAUAUUCAAUAAUCCUUAUGAUAAAGCUUUAGAAGAAAUUAAGAGAUAUGAAGAUUUUACUACAAUUGAUUGGGUUCAAGAUGCAAUACACGAGCGAUCUAGAAUGAAUGCUUUGAGAACAGCAAAUCGUUCUUCAUGGAGUACUUGGUUACGCCUUUCUUAUGAAGCUGGCCAAUCAUGGAUUGUUGUGUCUAUAGUCGGAGCGUUUAUUGGUUUGAAUGCAGCUUUAAUCGAUAUUAUCACAGAAUGGCUAUCAGAUAUAAAAUCUGGAUAUUGUAAAAAUUCCUGGUGGUUAAAUCAAAAGUUUUGCUGUUGGGAAAUCGAAGGAGAAGAUGAUUCUUGUGAGCUUUGGCAUGAUUGGUCCCAACAUUACAUUAUAAAUUGGUUCUUUUAUGUGUUAUUUGCAACGUUUUUUGCGGCAGUCUGUGCGUUUAUGAUACGUGCUUUUGCACCAUAUGCCGCUGGAUCUGGUAUUUCGGAAAUUAAAUGUAUUCUUGCCGGAUUUGUAAUGAAAGGUUUCCUUGGAGGUCGAACAUUACUUUUGAAGAGUGUUUGUUUGCCAUUAGCAAUUGCAUCUGGAUUAAGUGUUGGAAAAGAGGGACCUUCUGUUCACACUGCAGCUUGUGUUGGAAACAUUGUUUCACGAUUAUUCAAAAGAAACAAAGCUAAAAUGCGAGAGAUUUUAUCCGCUUCUUGCGCGGCAGGUGUUGCGGUAGCAUUUGGCUCUCCUAUUGGUGGUGUUUUAUUUUCUUUCGAGGAAAUGAGCUCAAAUUUUCCUAUGAAAACUCUUUGGCGAAGCUUCUUUUGUGCUUUAGUAGCCACCGUAGUUUUACAGGGAAUGAAUCCAUUCAGGACUGGAAAACUUGUAAUGUUUCAAGUUACCUAUGACCGAGGAUGGCAUUUUUUCGAAAUUAUCUUUUUCAUCAUAUUGGGCAUUUUUGGCAAAUAUUUGAAAGGCUAUGGUGUAGCAGAAGUAACCGCACUUGCUUUCAUUACUGCUUUGAUUGGAUAUUUUAACAUAUUUAUGAAAUUGGAUAUGACUGAAACUUUGGGUAUUCUUUUUCAAGAGUGCGAAUCUAAGACUCAUGAUUAUGAAAAUUUAUGCGUUGAUUCACAAUCGUUUAGAAUGGCGCGUUUAUUGAUAAUUGCAACAAUACUCAGAACUGGAUUUGUCAUAAUCUCUUACGGAACCAAGGUCCCAGCAGGAAUUUUUAUACCUUCUAUGGCAGUAGGUGCUACUUUUGGUAGAUUUCUUGGUCUUUGUGUUAAGGCUUUGCAAAAUUCAUAUCCAGAUUUUCCAUUAUUCUCAACAUGUAAACCCGAUGCAACAUGUGUUACACCAGGAAUGUAUGCAUUUUUGGGAGCUGCAGCUGCACUGGGUGGAGUUAUGCAUUUAACAGUUUGUGUAGUUGUCAUUAUGUUUGAGUUGACAGGAGCUUUAACUUAUAUUUUGCCAACAAUGAUUACUUUGAUGGUUACAAAGACUGUUGGUGGCUUACAUACUGCUGAUCAGAUGAUCAGACUAAACGGAUUUCCAUUUUUGGAUAAAGAAGAAUAUUCUUUUGGAGUAUCCGUUGCUACUGUUAUGAGGAAGCAUGACUUAGAAGUAAUGACUGCUUCUGAUACAAAAUUAGGUCAAAUUGAUCAAAUACUGUUGGAAACAAAUUAUCAGGGAUUUCCAGUUGUACAAGAUAAAACUAGUAUGACGUUAUUAGGUUAUAUUGGAAGAGUAGAAUUAAAAUAUGCUAUAGAUAAGGCGAAGAGAGUUCGUGGAACUUCAAAUGAUGCCCAUUGUUUUUUUAACCCUGAAGAUAAUUUUUCAGAUCCAGAUAAUAGCGGAGAAAGUUCAUCUAAUUUUAUCGAUUUCGGGCCAUUCAUAGACCAGACGCCGAUCACUGUGCAUCCGAGAUUACCGCUUGAAACGGUCAUGGAUUUGUUUAAGAAAAUGGGACCGCGUGUUAUUCUCAUAGAACAUGAAGGUAAAUUAGUAGGACUUAUAACCGUGAAAGAUGUGUUAAAAUAUAUUGCAAGGAAAGAGGCUGAAGAGGAAAAUGAUGAACUAGGUGUUGAACUGAUUAGUAACGAUAUUGAUGAUAAUAGCAGUAAUAGUUAUAGUUCUGGUUUGGUUGGAAAGAAAAGAG